UCACUCUACGGCAGCAGAAAGGGCGUUACAUAUUUUGUGGUCUUGUUUGUGCAUCUGUACUGCCCGGAGACACAAAUUUGCCACCAACUCUGCUUUUGUACGAUCUAGACCGACCAUGGAGGGAGUUAAGCGGACGCCGCUAGCGGUCCGAGACGCGUACUUGCUUGAGUUCGUCCGCCACCCCGACCGCCGCGGCCAUCUUGAGGAACUGUACAACGAGACGAAGUACCCCCCAGGUGUGAUCCAGCACUGGGCCCAGGUCACCUGCUCAACGUCUUACCGUAACGUCUUGAGGGGACUGCACUGUUCCACGUACGGGAAACUCGUGACGUGUGUGGCAGGCCGUAUCUAUGACGUAGUGGUGGACCUGCGCGUGACGUCGCCGACCUAUCUCCGCUGGUCCGCCGCCAUCCUCAGCGACGACAACCGCCGUCAGAUGUACAUCCCGCCGAACUGCGCACACGGCUUCUACACCCUCGGGGAGAGAAACACCGUGGUGUACUGCCAAGGAGGAGUGUACGCGCCGGCUUCGGAGAGAGACCUGCUCUGGUCCGAUCCGGUAGUGAAUGUGUACUGGCCUCUCAAGACGGGGAUCACGCCCGUUCUCUCAGACAAGGACCUUUCCGCGCCUCGCCUAGACGAGAACGAAGUUCAAGUUAAUCCACUUAGACAGAGGUACCUGGUCAUUGGUGCAUCCGGCCAAGUGGGCGGGGCCCUCAUGGAGGCACUACGUCACCGCUCGAAGGAGAUCGUUGCCAUAGGAACGUAUGAUUCUCAUCCACAGGAGGGGAUGAUACCGUUCAGCCUAGAAGAGGCGGGAAGAUCUGAGGACGUGUGUAAGGACCUUCUGACUAUGGUUCGCCCGUCGGUGGUCAUCAUUUGCGCGGCCUUCACGUGGACUGACGGCUGCGAGAGAGCACCAGAGAAGGCUCAACUCGUCAACUGCACCGCGGUAGUGAAUCUCGCCCACUGCACUAAAGCCAUCAACUCCAAAGUGGUGUUCUACUCGACCGACUACGUGUUUCCCGGCAGCGAGGAGGAUGGCAUCCCUGCCGGCGGUUACAGCGAGUCGAGCCCGUGUAAGCCACUUCAGACGUACGGUGAAACCAAGUGUCGCGCCGAGCAGAAGCUACUAACUGUCCAUCCGCAGGCGCUAAUCCUCAGAACCUCCACCGUGUUCGGUCCUGAGGAACAAGGGAAAAACUUCGUGUACCAGCUUGUCUCCAACAUGGCGUCGGGAAAGGGCAUGGUGGUCACCGACAUCAAGGUCACGCCCACCUACAACAGGGACCUAGCAGCCAUGACCUUGAAGCUGAUUGAACAAGGUUGUUCCGGGAGGUAUCACGUGGUGGGAGACGAAGUCAUGACCAAGGUAGAGUUCGCUACACGCGCGGCGCGCUGCCUGGGCAUGGACGCGUCCAAACUCCGCGUGACUGGGAACGUGAGCGGCGACAGUGGGUGCAAGAGGCCGAAGGACGCAGUUCUCUCUUCAGAGAAGAGGAAAGGGGAACUGCCAGGUUUCACAUGCAGAAACGUGGAAGAAGCCAUCGCCAACUGGCUAGAGCAAGGGGCCGGGAAACCGUUGAUGUCUUAGCCAUGACCCAAUCCAAAAAUCUUGCUGCUCACUCUUUGUUUUAGAAGAGAUCAACCUUUUUAUCAAAUUGCCCGGGUAUAUUUGCGUGACCAAAUGUGUUUUCAGUUUUAGAAAAUGUUUAAUAUUGGUCUACGUUUGUCAGUGGAUGGCGGCAGCAUAACUUUUCUAAGCUAACACGAAUCCAUUUUAAUACAAAGAAUGUUUUAUUAAAAUAUGUUCGCUCUAACUGUAAUUAGAUCAACCGAAUAUCCAAGAUUGUGAUUUUAAUGUCCAUAGUGAAUUGUACAAGUAUUUUAAGAUGCAUAAUUAGAUCUAUCAACCAAAUGGAUAAUGUAGAUAGAAGAAUUAGUUGAGAAAAGUUAUUCUAAUUUGCGUCAGGCUACAAACUAGCGUGUUGAUUCUAGGAUAUACAAAGAGAUUCGAAUAUGCAAGAGAAGAAAGAAAAACAAACUUUGAGCUUCCUUUGUACUUGGGUUUAGGUCAGAUUUCCAAAACGGGGUCGGUCGGGCUAUUGAACAAAAAAUAAA